UCUCUCUCUCUCUCUCUCUCUUAUCUUCACAGAGCACACUGGCUCUGUACUGUCAGUCUCAUGUUCUCUAUCCUUAAAACUCAUCCUUCAUUAAUCACUAACCCCAUAUGCUACGCCACUCUCUUACUUCAAUUAUUUCACCUGAUCCUUCUGUCCUUCUCUACCACAUUUUCCCCACACCCAUUUACAUGCAAUGCCCUUCUUGUUCUCCUAUCACUACCCAUCAAAUUUCUCCCAUUUUCUUGUAGAUUUUAGGCUCUUCAUGGUUUAGACUUCCAUAAUAGAAAUGGGUUUGUUAAAACUUUCAUGGUUGGUUUUCCUUUGUUGGGUUUUUUCCCUUUUGUGUUUUAGAGCUCUUUGUGGUGAUUCAGAGGUAUCGGUGAAGUUCUUGAAGGCUCCCCAUGCAUUCUCACAUUUGAACACAGCCACAUUUGCGUUUAAAGUUUUGGUGGGUGGGAAUGAGAAUUCUUGCACAAACUGUAGCAUAAGUUGCAAGCUGGAUGAUGACACAGCUUCUGAUUGCGGGACCAUGAAGGUUUUAUACGAUGGGUUGCAGGAUGGAAAUCAUACAUUUGAGGUCUGCAUCGAUGGGUCUCAAGGAGUUGGCUGCACUACAUAUAACUGGACUGUUGAUACUAUUCCGCCAACAGCUUAUAUAACUGCAUCAACUUCGUUUACAAAUGCUCUAAAUGUUUCUGUAAAUAUUUCUUUCUCUGAACCCUGCUCCGGUGGAGGGACUUUUGGAUGUUCAUCUGUAAAUACAUGCAAUCUGCUGGUCUAUGGUCCUGGCCAAGUAAUACCUUCUUCACUGACUAUUCUGCAACCAAACCUCAAAUAUUCUCUUCUGGUGGGUUUGUCACCUGCUGAUCUUUAUGGACGGGUGAUACUGGUAAUGGAUAAGAAUUUUUGUACAGAUAACGCGGGAAACACAUUUACAAGGGUAGCAAAUUCUAGUUUCUCUGUUCAUUUUGAUAGAAGAAGUGUCUUUGUUGACCUGAGAAUUCAUGUUCCUGAAAAGCGACUUCAGCUUGGCCAUCAAACUAGAACAGUGCUGGCAACAAAUGAUUAUGACAAGUUGAAGGUAUAUUUGUAUUUUUCUGAACCUGUUCGCAAUUCAUCUACUGAAAUUCUAGGUUCUCUGAACGUGAGUGAGGGUUCACUUCUUCCUGUAAGUGGAGAAAACCUUGGGAACCGCAGAUUUGGCUUUCAGGUGGUUAAUACAUCUAGCAUUGCGGUCAUCACGGUAGAUAUUCGUUCAAACUUUAUAAUAAGCAGAUCCUGGACUCCUGUUUCUUCAAUUGCACCAGUUACCUUUCUUUAUGAUUCUCAAAGGCCUGCUGUGAGACUAAGUACAUUCUCUAACUCAAGGACAAAGGAUGACAGCAUCCCAGUAUCAAUAAAAUUCAUGAAGCCUGUAUUUGGUUUCAACUCUUCUUUUCUAUCAAUCUCAGGAGGCCAUUUGCAGAGCUUUCAUGAAAUAAGUAGGACCAAGUACGUUGCACAGAUACAAGCCGAUAAUGAUAUUGUAUCUGUCAUUGUUCCUCAAAAUGCAACUGCAGACGUCGCUGGAAACAAAAAUCUGGCAUCAAACGUUCUACAAGUGAGACACUAUUGUAUACCGACUAUAUCUUCUGUAAUCUCUGCUUUUGCAACUGCUAUUUUCCUGGCAACAUCUUCUGCUGCUGGACUGCUCACUGUGUCGACAGCAAGCCUUCAGUCUGUUGGAGCAUUUUCAAGUUCGUCUUCCCUGCUGGCAUCUGAUCCUACAAGGAAUCUUUUUAGAAUUGCAUGCUACAUUCAGGUUUUUGCACUUUCUAGAUGGUUAGCAGUUACAUUGCCAAUUGAAUAUUAUGAAUUUGCAAGAGGUCUACAGUGGAGUAUUCCCUACUUCAGUCUCCCAUGGGAAUCUGGGGGUAUUCAUCCAAUCAUGUGGGGCACAAAUUCCUCUGCUGCUCAGCGUUCCUACAUUUCUGAUAUUCAUGAUUCAGAAAUUUCGCAGAGUGUGCAACUGGACGCAGAAAAUGUGAAUAUUGCUGCCCCAGUAUAUGGUUUGCCACUCACUCCAAUGGAGUACAGAUCAUUUUUUGAGAGCCAGGAUAUUAAUCCAGAAGCAGAAUACAUUUUUGAUCCACAGUAUUCAAAUGGGUGGAGAAUUUUUUAUAGAAGUAUGUUCUGGUUAGCUGUAGUUGGUGGCAGUUUGAUACUGCUACAUGCUCUGCUCUUUUUUAUUCUAAAAUUCAGGAAGAAAAACUAUGAAAAGCAUAGGGGUUAUGGAGCGUUAACAUUCCCAAGAUUUGAGAUAUUUCUCAUGAUUCUUGCAUUGCCUUGUAUCUGUGAGGCCUCUGCUUCUAUUAUUAGAGGAGGAACAGCAUCAGGGCGGAUUGUUGGUGUUCUGCUGUUGGGUGUUGUGGGUUUUUCAGUUUUGUGCUUGUUCUUGUUCCUCUCUAUCGGAAUUACUCUUGGAAAGCUACUACAGUACAAGGAAGUCCAUCAAGAAGGCCAAAAUUUUCACUGGUAUCAAGAAAUCAUCCGAGUAUCUUUAGGUCCUGGUAAAAGAGGGCAAUGGACCUGGAAAAACCAAACUAACUCUGUUUAUCUAAUAAAGUUUGGUGCUUUAUUUGAGGAUCUAAGAGGGCCCCCUAAAUACAUGCUGUCACAGAUUUCAAUGGGUAAUUCCAGCAAGCAAAGGGAUCAAAUCAUUGCAUCUGAUGAUGAAACAGAAGAUGCAGAAGCUCCUUUUAUUCAGAAACUGUUUGGAGUGCUUAGAAUAUAUUACACACUGCUAGAGACGGUCAAGCGAGUUUCUUUGGGAAUUUCGGUUGGUGCCUACUUAGACAACUGGUCCUCUAAAACUCCAGCAGUUAUCCUAUUGUGCAUCACUUCCUUUCAGCUCUUUUUCCUUGUCCUGAAGAAGCCUUUUAUUAAGAAAAAGGUCCAAUUGGUUGAGAUCAUCAGUGUUUCCUGUCAAGUGGUUCUAUUCGCUACAUGUUUCGCACUUUUGGAGAAGGACUUAACAGACAGGGAUGAAACUAAAGUUGGAAUCUUCAUGAUUGUGGUCUUCUCAAAAGGAUUCUUGGCACAAAUAAUAAAUGAAUGGUAUGCAUUGUACAUACAGACAAAGCAACUGGACCCUGCUAAGAAGUCCUUUUCAAUAGGUCUUAAAACUGCAUCAAUUGGAUUUCUCUUGUUUUUCAUCCCAGAGAAAAUGAGUAGAAACCUGGAAAGCAGACUACCAGGGAAUCCACAGGAAGCUGGAGAAACUGGAGGGGAGACAGGCUCAUUUUCUGAGAGAAUCAAAAGAGCAACAGAUAAAACAUGGCCAAAACAGCUAAGAGACCUGGCAAGGGCUAGCUUUACUGCUGAAAGAAGUGGAACUCCAAAGGACCCUUCAACCAGCCAUACUAAAUGGAGUGGGUUUUGGACAAACAAAAGCAGUGGUGGCUCAUCCAGUAACUCACCUGCAGAUUUCAAGUUAAAACCAAAUCGGUUAUACAAAGAUUUAGAAGCCAUUUUUGCAUCAAAAUGAAACAUUGAUUUCACAUAUUAUUAACUUAGCUUUCAUACUUGCUGUUGAGAGCACUGUUAUUCUAUCUUUCCAACUUUCUUAUUUUAUUUUUAUAUUGUAUGUUAACAUGUGUAUGAUGAUAAACAUCAGUAUAUGAUAUCCAUAUUUAUAAUACAUAUUUAGAUUAA